AUGGCGGAAGUACUUAAUAACACUCACACAAACAGCAGCCUUUCAGAUAAAAUCCGGAUAUUCAUCCGCUCUCCUACCAUCUCGUUGGCCGACGACUUUUCCAUACUCACCACGCCUGAAUCUACCGUUCUCUCCUUAAAGCAAACCAUCCAUGAAAGAGUCCCUCAGAAACCUAGUGUUAGCAAUCAAAAGUUAAUAUAUAGAGGCCGUCUGCUCAAUGAUUCAGAUCGUAUUGUUGAUCUCUUGGGAGACGGGAUGUCGAGUGAUCAGAUAUUUCAUUUAGUUGUAAAACCAAGUGUAAGUCGGGCAACAGUAUCAGCAGGCCUAUAUCAAGAACAGUCUUCAAUGAGACGCCGACGUCAGCAAUCUGACAGUACUGCGAGCAGGGAACUUGCCUCUUCGUCAGGUUUGGAGGCUAGUCAGCCUGCUGCAGGCGUGAGCUAUGAAGGAAUGCCACUUGGCGCCGAGGUACCUUUAAUACAGAACCCUGUUCUCAAUUUUCCAGACGCUACACAGUUGUCCUUUGGUCAAACAUUUGCAGCAGUUUCGCAAGGUGGAGUUCAGCAAGCUGUAAUAAAUUACCCGAUACAAAUGCCAUUUGGAUAUCCCAUGCACUAUGUGUUGAUAAAUGGGCUGCCUUAUUUAAUGCCAAUUAUGUAUCCAUAUCCUGUUAUUCAACCACAACCAGUUGCCUCCCAUGCACAGCCUGCGAUUGUUCAACAACCAGCGGAGGCUAUGCAAGAUGGAAAUGUUCGUUUGCAGCGUAGACGGCACAACUUUGCACUUAUUUUCAAGCUGGGACUGUUUAUAUAUAUAUUUGCACACGACGCUAGUCCAGAACGAUUGAUUCUGCUGCAUUUGUUAGCCUUUGUUAUUUACUUGUAUCAAACCGGCCGAUUGCGUAUUGUACGAAGGCGAAGGAUAGUUGUACCAAAUGAUGCGUUCCCGCCCCAGCCACCACAAGUUCCUAAUAUAAUACCAAACGAUCCGGCACUUUACCAAGCAGCUUUUGCGCAACCGAACCCAAAUAACUUUCCUACCGGUUCAUCAAACCCUCAAACGCAUACAGGUCAACCAGAGGCUUCCUCCUCUUCCUCCUCAACUCAAGCUCGUGCAACUACAACUAUGAAUGCUGACAACAGCGCGGUAGCUCCUGGAGCAUCAAACACCACAAAUGCGUCUCCAGCAGCGAUUAAUAACAGACGGUUCACAAUGAGAGAUCUUGAACAUGCGGUCUAUACUUUCCUGACGUCUUUGGUACCUACAGCCAAUCCGGAUCCUCCCCAGGAAGAAAUGGGAAUUUGA